AUGGCAAUAUUUGAUCCUAUAAUGCAGGAGCAUGUCAGGCGAAUCCAAAUGAGUGAGAUUCACACUCAUUAUCUUGGUCCCAAAAUUGAAAAUGAAUUGAUCCAAUUAUUGGCAAGCGAGGUCAAGUGCACGAUAGUGGAGAAAAUAAAAAAAGCAAAGUAUUUCUCAGUUAUACUUGAUUGUACUCCAGAUUCUAGUCAUGAAGAACAAAUGACUCUUGUGAUUCAAUGUGUAGAUGUUACGGUAAGUCCAGUGAAAGUGGAGGAGUACUUCUUGGGCUUUCUCAAAGUAGAUGAUACCACAGGACUUGGACUUUUCAGCGAACUUGAAGAGGCGUUAAAAAAUCUUAAACUUGAUAUUAAAGAUAUAAGAGGCCAGGGAUACGAGAACGGUUCUAAUAUGAAAGGAAGACAUAAAGGUGUGCAAAAAAGAUUAUUGGAUCGAAAUCCAAGAGCAUUCUAUGUACCAUGCGGCUGCCACAGUCUCAAUCUUGCACUUAGUGAUAUGGCUGGUUGUUGUUCACAAGAAAUAAGGAAUGCUUUAUUGGAUUUGGCUAAUAGCAAUGAAGAUGGGGCAGCAACCAGUGAGGCUCUUGGUUUCGUAACAAACGAGCUUGAGAAUUUUGAGUUCUUAUUAACUUUGGUUAUUUGGUAUGACUUAUUAUCAUUUGUGAAUAUUGUUAGCAAGACUCUUCAAAAUGAAGAAAUGCAUAUGGAUGUUGCUUUGGAACAGUUGAAAGGACUCAUUAUUCUCUUCGAAAAAUAUAGAGAAACCGGAUAUGAGAAGGCCAGGAAUGAAGCUGAAGUUAUAGCAAAAAAAAUGGGUAUUCAACCAAUAUUUCGAGAGAAACGAGUUACCCGUCGAAAAAAACACUUUGAUGAGAACAACAAUGAAGAUGUUAUCCUAACAUCCGAAGAAUCCUUUCGAAUAAACUUUGUCUUCUUUGUGAUUGAUCAAGCUCUUACUUCAUUAAGGGUAAGAUUUGAAGAUUUUCAAAAGUUUGAAAACAUGUUUGGUUUUCUGUGGAAUAUAAAAAAAUGGAAACUUGUCGAUGAUGAAAGCUUGGAGAGUAGUUGUAUGAAACUUGAAGAACAUUUAAAAUGUGGUACAUGUUCUGAUGUUAAUGGGCGAGAUCUCUUUUCGGAAUUGAGAAUGUUAAGAGAACUUUUGCCAAAAGAGAUUGAAAAGGCAAUUGGAGUAUUGAAUUAUUUGAAAGAAAUGAACACUUGUUUCCCGAAUACAUGGAUUGCUUAUAGAAUACUCAUCAUUGUACAUGUUACAGUUGCCUCUGCAGAGAGAAGUUUCUCAAAGUUGAAGUUGCUUAAAUCUUACCUUCGGUCAGCUAUGUCCCAAGAAAGACUGAAUGGAUUAGCUAUUUUAUCCAUUGAAAAACAUAUUACAGGGAAGCUUGAUUUUACGAGCCUGAUCGAUAAUUUUGCAGCUAAGAAGUUCUGCAUCUGUGAAGGCAUCGCUACCACCCCGUUUCCUCUACGCCUCGCCUCACCUAUCCUGUUAUUCUCAUCCAUGGACGGAACUAUGGAAAAUAUGGUACAAAAACUCACCUUAACGGCUGACGAAGAAGAAGGGGUUACCAUCUCAGUGAGAGACCAAUGA